AGUAGAUGAGAAAAGCUCCUCCAGUUUGUGCUCCGCUGAGCCCGUGACUGACUGCAGUGCUGCCCUGCUCAACAUGCAGCGCUGCACAUGGGAGACCGGGCUCCCUGGUGGAGGUCAGCAGCAGAAAGCAUCUCUUCCUUCCCCCAUGAAAGAAGCCAACAUGCUCGUCUCUGCCAUCACCCCGCCGUCUUAUGGGGAUAAGUACAAAGUGUAUUUCAGGACAGUUGCCUCGAUUAAAAAAGACAGUGCCAACUUUCAGGACUCCAAAGAAAAAAAAAACUACAGACAUUGCAACCGGGAAGGAACAUCGAAUCAUAGGCUCCUUCUCCUUUCCUCACAAGUUUCGCAGGACCGCGGGGGUCCCAGGGGAGGAAUGACCCCAGGCCAACAUGGCUCACCUCAAAACUACAGACCCACUAACUUGAGGCCUCCUCCUCCUCCGCCUCCAUGUCCUCCCUACCAUUUUGAUUCACAAACUCCUUCCAGCUCAGGUUACCAUGGAAACUAUCUGCCCCCUCACCCUGACUUCAUGCAGUAUCCUCCUCCACCACCUUCCCAGACCCCCAAUUCUCUCAACCAGUGCCCGAUACGCCCACCCUUCCCUAAACCUUCUGCCCGGCAAGGCUUUCCUGAACCACCGCCAAAUUUUCCACCUCCACCUUUGCCCAGCUGUACAGCUGGUCCCACUCCAGGCGCCCAGGUGUCUGUUCAGAAUUCCUACCACCCUUACAUGAUGCCACCUGUGCCUCCACCUCCAAUACCACACCCUCCCAUCCCUCCCCCUGUUGCCUCUCAGUCUAUGGGCUACCAUCCUCCAUACUCCAUGAACUACCCCCAUCCACCCCACCCUCCUUUUCCUCCACCCACCUUUAACCCCAAUUAUACCCAGAAUCCCAGCCCAUUUCAGUCGGACCACAACAUCAGGCAUGGGGGGCCAUACAAAUUUCAGAAGCCCACGGACAACAGAAGGUCUCCAGAAAGAGGGUAUCGCCAUGACGACAAUAGACAGAAGUGCUAUGGCUAUGGUAGCCAUGCUGAAAGGUACAAGAUUGAGUUUCCUGGAGAAAGGAAGGACCGCGGUAGGAGUCCAGAGAGGCGAGGCAGGCCGGAGGGAGGCCGGUACAGGUCAGAGUAUGAAAGAGGACGAACACCCCCUAGACACAGGAGCAGGGAUCGCAGCAGAGAGCGGUAUCGUUACAGAGAGAGUCGGAGGUCCCAGUCACCCGACAGGCACAGGAAGAGGCCCCGAAGCCGCUCGGCCAGCAGAGACAGGAAGCGUGGCCGCUGGGAGGAGGAGAAGGAAAGGAGGUUGGAGGGUUCGCAGGGCCUGAGCAGAGAGCGCAGCUACUCCUCUCUCAGGAGUCGAGACUCUGACGAGGCCUUCAGUGACCGCGAGAGGGAACGGGACAGAGACAGGGAGAAGGAGAAAGAGAAGGGUGAUGAUGAGAGAGAGGAGGAAGAGCUCCUGAAGCCUGCCUGGAUUCGCUGCACUCAUGCUGAAAACUACUACUCCAACGACCCCAUGGACCAAGUGGGAGACUCCACCGUGGUGGGCACCAGCAAACUGCGGAACUUGUACGACCGCUUUGAGGACGAGCUGGGAAAGAGGCAGGAGCGAGCCAAAGCUGCUCGCCCCAAAUGGGAGCCACCCAAAACCAAACUGGACGAGGAUCCAGACGACAGCAGCAGCGACUCAGAAUGUGAGACAGACGGUGAGGGAAGCAGCUGCUCCAGCAGCUCUGACUCUGAAGUUUUUGAUGUCAUUGCUGAGAUCAAGAGGAAGAAGGCUCAUCCAGACCGGCUGCAUGAGGAGCUCUGGUACAAUGACCCUGGACAGAUGAAUGAUGGUCCCCUGUGUAAGUGCAGUGCCAAGGCCAGACGUACUGGGAUCCGCCACAGCAUCUACCCAGGAGAGGAGCCGGUUAAACAGUGCCGUCCAUUGACCAACAACGCCGGGAAGGUGUUCCACUACAGGAUCACUGUGUCUCCUCCCACCAACUUCCUGACUGACAGGCCAACGGUGAUCGAGUAUGAUGACCACGAGUACCUCUUCGAAGGCUUCUCUCUGUUCUCACACACUCCUCUCACCAACAUUCCAUUGUGCCGUGUGAUCCGCUUCAACAUAGAUUACACCAUUCACUUCAUAGAGGAGAUGACACCGGAGAACUACUGCAUCCGAGGGCUAGAGCUGUUCGCCGCCUACCUGUUCCAGGACAUUCUUGAGCUGUAUGACUGGAACCUGACGGGUCCUGACUCCGACGGAGAAGCCACUGGAUGUCAGCAGUUCCAUUUCAUGCCUCGUUUUGUCAGAUUCUUACCUGACGGUGGGAAGGAGGUGCUGUCGAUGCAUCAGGUGCUUCUCUACCUUCUGCGCAGCAGCACACCUCUGGUGCCCGAGGAGGAGAUCGCAGACAUGCUACAGUGGGAGCAACUGGAGUGGCAGAAGUAUGCAGAGGAGUGCAAGGGCAUGAUCGUCACCAACCCGGGAAUGAAGCCCAGCUCGGUGCGGAUCGACCAACUGGACAGGGAGCAGUUCAACCCAGAUGUCAUCACCUUCCCCAUCAUCGUUCAUUUCGGAAUCCGGCCCGCUCAGCUCAGCUACGCCGGAGACCCUCAGUACCAAAAGCUGUGGAAGAGUUAUGUGAAACUACGCCACCUGCUGGCCAACAGCCCCAAGGUCAAACAGAUCGACAAGCAGAAGCUGACGCAGAGAGAGGAAGCUCUUCAGAAGAUCCGACAGAAGAACACGAUGCGCCGUGAGGUGACGGUGGAGCUCAGCAGUCAGGGCUUCUGGAAGACCGGCAUCCGCUCCGACGUCUGCCAGCAUGCCAUGAUGCUCCCUGUUCUCACUCAUCACAUCCGCUACCACCAGUGUCUGAUGCACCUGGAUGAGCUGAUUGGCUACGUCUUCAAGGAGCGCUGCCUCCUUCAGCUGGCCAUGACUCACCCCAGCCACCACCUCAACUUUGGUAUGAAUCCCGAUCACGCCCGAAAUUCAUUGUCCAAUUGCGGCAUCCGCCAGCCCAAGUAUGGCGACAGGAAGGUCCACCACAUGUACAUGAGGAAGAAAGGGAUUAACACGUUGAUUAACAUCAUGUCUCGUCUGGGGCAGGACGACCCCUCCCCUUCCAGGAUCAAUCACAACGAGAGACUGGAGUUCCUCGGCGAUGCCGUUGUCGAGUUCCUCACCAGUGUCCACCUCUACUACCUUUUUCCCUGUUUAGAGGAGGGGGGCCUGGCCACCUACAGAACGGCCAUCGUUCAGAACCAGCACUUAGCUAUGCUAGCGAAGAAACUGGAACUGGACCGCUUCAUGCUCUAUGCCCAUGGACCAGACCUGUGCCGGGAGUCGGACCUGCGGCACGCCAUGGCCAACUGCUUUGAGGCUCUCAUCGGGGCUGUGUAUUUGGAGGGAGGCUUGGAGGAGGCCCGCCAGCUCUUUGGGAGACUGCUUUUUAACAGCGAGGACAUGCGGGAGGUCUGGCUCAACUACCCACCACACCCCCUGCAGGUGCAGGAGCCUCAGACGGACAGGCAGCUCAUCGAGACGUCCCCCGUCCUCCAGAAACUGACCAGUUUUGAGGAUUCGAUUGGAGUCCUGUUCACACACGUGCGCCUGCUGGCCAGAGCGUUCACCUUGAGGACUGUUGGCUUCAACCACCUCACCCUGGGCCACAACCAGAGGAUGGAGUUCCUGGGGGACUCGAUCAUGCAGCUAGUAGCCACUGAAUAUCUUUUCAUCCACUUCCCUGACCACCAUGAAGGACACUUAACGCUGCUCCGCAGCUCGUUGGUAAACAACCGCACGCAGGCCAAAGUGGCGGAGGAGCUGGGCAUGCAGGAGUUCGCCAUAACCAACGACAAAACCAAACGACCCGUCGCUCUGCGGACCAAGACUCUGGCCGACUUGUUGGAGUCUUUCAUCGCGGCUCUCUACAUUGAUAAAGAUCUGGAGUUUGUUCACACCUUCAUGAACGUCUGCUUCUUCCCCCGCCUGAAGGAGUUCAUUCUCAACCAGGAUUGGAACGACCCCAAAUCUCAGCUACAGCAGUGCUGUUUGACCCUGAGGACAGAGGGCAAGGAGCCCGAUAUCCCGCUCUACAAGACGCUGCAGACAGUGGGGCCCUCACACGCCCGCACUUACACCGUCGCUGUGUACUUCAAAGGGGAACGAAUUGGCUGUGGCAAAGGCCCAAGCAUCCAGCAGGCAGAAAUGGGAGCUGCGAUGGAUGCACUCGAAAAAUAUAACUUCCCACAGAUGGCUCAUCAGAAGCGCUUCAUCGAGCGGAAAUACAGACAGGAGCUGAAGGAGAUGAGACGCGAGCGGGAGCGGCAGGAGAAGGAGACCGACGAGGUGGAGGAAUGCAGGAAGUGACAGCGCUGGAUUUAGGAAGAGGAGCCAAUCAGAAGCAGAAGGAACAGCUGGUCAGACGAGUUUGAGUGCCAUAGCUGAGCACAAAUUAUAGGCAUAGAUGAGUUUUGGGUGAGGGUUGAUCAUAAAUAAUUAGAAAAGGGACUGAAAACAGUUGAAGUCUUUGUUUUGUGCUGUAGCACCGUCAAAUGUGGGCCUUACAGAGAUACUGAAACGCGCCAAAUACGUGAAAGAAGGCACUUUUUUAAAAUAAAAGUUGAAUACAAAAUGCUAAGUGAACCAUGAAAGCUGAAAUUGUAAAUAAAGUUUUCUCAUCUGCUGCAAAUAGUCGA